GUGCUCGAGCUGACCCGGCGCGCGGGCCGGCGCCCGGCCCGAGCCACUCUCUGGGUAUCUGGGGCCGCUGGCGGCCGGCGCCCGUCAGUGUGUGUGUGUGUGCGCGCCGUGUGUGUCGGCGGGUCGCGCCUGACGCGGCAGUGUCGCACGGGCAGUCAGUGGCCGUGGGUCGCCGAGGAGGAGUGGUGGAUGUGAGGUGUCGAGAGGACGGCGGUGUGAGGACUGAUUGGGGAGGAAUAGCGGACAGGUGCCGCUGAGACUGCGGUCGGUGUGGGAUUUGUAGAGGCUGGUCCAGCGCACAGGUUGCGCUAUCGUCAAUCAUGAGUUUCCUAUUCGGCAAGAAGAAAAAGAAGGAUGCCACCGACUCCAAAGACAAAGAUGGCAAAUCUCCGCCGCCGAAGACUCUGAACGGUGAUGUGGUGGCCGAGUCCACGUCGCCGACCAGCCCGACGGGCUCGGAGCGCGGCCAGCGUCCUACCAAGGCGGCUGAGCAGACGGCGGAGGAGGCCGGCACCAGCGGACUGGGAGCCGCGGCAGCCUUCGACUUCAAGGAGUUUCUGGAGAAGGCGAAGGAGGACUUUGAGGAGAAAUGGAAGAAUCCAUCAAAGAACACGGCGUCACUGGAAGACUUCGACCUGCUGAAGACUCUUGGAACGGGCUCGUUCGGCCGUGUGAUGCUGGUCCAGCACAAGGGCACCAAAGACUACUUCGCCAUGAAAAUCCUAGACAAACAGAAGGUGGUACGGUUGAAACAAGUGGAGCACACUCUCAACGAGAAGCGGAUUCUGCAGGCCAUCAACUUCCCGUUCCUGGUCAGCUUGCAGUACCACUUUAAGGACAACUCAAAUUUAUACAUGGUGUUAGAAUAUGUGCCCGGUGGUGAGAUGUUCUCUCACCUGCGAAAAAGCGGCCGGUUUAGUGAGCCGCACUCCCGGUUCUACGCGGCCCAGAUCGUGCUGUCGUUCGAGUACCUGCACUACCUGGACCUCAUCUAUCGGGACCUGAAGCCCGAGAACCUGCUCAUAGACAGCCAGGGAUACAUCAAGGUCACUGACUUCGGGUUCGCCAAGCGGGUCAAGGGCAGGACCUGGACGCUGUGCGGCACCCCCGAGUACCUGGCGCCGGAGAUCAUCCUCAGCAAGGGCUACAACAAGGCGGUGGACUGGUGGGCGAUGGGCGUCCUCAUCUACGAGAUGGCCGCCGGCUACCCGCCCUUCUUUGCCGACCAGCCUAUCCAGAUCUACGAGCGGAUCGUCUCCGGAAAGGUGCGCUACCCGUCCCACUUCAGCUCGGACCUGAAGGACCUGCUGCGCAACCUGCUGCAGGUCGACCUCACCAAGCGCUACGGCAACCUCAAGAACGGUGUCAACGACAUCAAGGGACACAAGUGGUUCCACUCCACCGACUGGAUCGCCAUCUACCAAAAGAAGAUCGAGGCGCCGUUCAUCCCCAAGUGCAAGGGCGGUGGCGACACGUCCAACUUCGACGACUACGAGGAGGAGAGGUUACACGUGUCGUCCACGGAGAAAUGUGCCAAGGAGUUUGCCGACUUCUAGCGGCGCUGCGCGGCCCCGCCAGCCGGCCCUAGUCACGGUGACGUCGCCGCCGCCGCCGCCGCCACCCGCCAUCACCUCCCGCUCACACAGGGCGGCUAUGCUAUUUUCUGUAUAAUUGCUGGGUUUUAUAUCGGUGGUCGAGCGCGCAUACGUGUGCGUGCCAGUGAGCGCGACAGUCGGAGCGCAGUGCCGCCCGGCGCUGAGGGACGUCUCGGGGGCGCCUCGCCCGGCGUGCGAGCGCGUGCGCCAGUGGUGCGAGUGAUAGUGGAGGCAGCAGCGACGGCCCACAGCCACCGCAACGUUGUACAAACCCAGCAGCUGCGCUCGGCGCCGCUCGGCCGCCGGCUCUCUCCAUGUGAUACGGACGGACGGGCCGCGCGGACCGCCCGCCGGCCGCGCGCGCCCCGCUGCGGCGCUGGACAGUGGACGGACGUUAGGGAUCCUCGUGAUCAGAGCGGCGCGCGGGGACAACAGCAUGUGACGAACCCUCCGCCACCAGCACGAGAUGGCGGAGCGGGUCCCGUGAGACCCGUGGAUGCCUUGCAUAUUAGCGCGACGACCUCAGCGCCGGCCGAGUCUGGUGGCCGGGGCCGAGUGAGGCGCGCGGACCGAGAGUGAGUGCGAGAGGAGUGAGUGGGCGCUGAGCCCGGGGCGGGCUCUGAGGGACGGCCCGCUGCGGCCGCCGCCGCCGCCAGCCGUGUCUCGAUGGCUGUGUUCUCGUGGGCACGCGGCGCCGCCGCCCGCACCGCUCCGCCGCGACCGCCCUCCCGCCCGCCGUGAACAAUAUGGACAGUGUGUGGAGAAUUAUCUGUUCGUCAGUGUUAAUUGUUUGUAGUUACAGCUGCUGCGUUCAUAUUUUGUGAUUUGUAGUUGGAGAUUUUCAUUAAUACAUUCAAGUAUAUUGAGAAUCCAA